AUGGCAAGUUCAAAGGAUAUACGCAUAUAUAAACGUGAUCCGGCUAAGAGGGUCUUUGUGAACCGUUCGCUUCGUAUGGAGAAGAUUAACUUCUUUGGUUUCGACAUGGACUAUACACUCGUUCAGUAUAAGUCUCCAGAUCUCGAAAUCUUAGCAUUUGACUUGGCCGUACAACGACUAAUCGACAUAGGAUAUCCAGAAGGAAUUCGUAAAUUCAAAUAUGACCCCAUAUUUCCAGUUCGAGGACUAUGGUUCGAUUAUUCCUAUGGAAAUCUUCUAAAAGUUGAUGGAUUUGGCAAUAUCUUGGUUGGCAUGCACGGGUUUAAAUUUCUGAAAGCGGCAGAAAUUGAAGAAAUAUAUCCGAACAGAUACCUACAGUUGUCUGAGUCUCGUGUGUUCGUACUCAAUACGCUGUUCAAUUUGCCGGAGACCCACCUGCUUGCAUACCUUAUCGACUUUUUCGAUACCCACCUGGAUUAUACGCCGCUAGAGGACAAAACUGGUCUGCGAGGUGGUGAUGUCCUAAUGUCAUACAAGUCAAUUUUUCAUGAUUGCCGUAGUGCCAUCGACUGGGUGCACUUAGAGAGCAACAUGAAAGAAAUCAUCCUUGCUAACGUGGAGAAGUACGUGUUGUAUGAUGAUCGAGCAGCCUUAUUAUUACGACAAUUACGUGAAGCUGGACGUCAAACAUUUCUACUGACAAAUAGCGAGUACAGUUACACUAAUAAAAUGAUGACUUUUAUGCUUGGGAAAGAAUGGCGAUCGUUCUUUAACGUUACCGUUGUGGACGCUCGGAAACCAAAGUGGUUCGCAGAGGGUACAGUAUUUCGUGAGGUCGAUACUUCCACUGGUGCUGUUAAACUUGGAUUUCAUACAGGUCCAUUGAAGGAAGGUGUUGUGUACUCUGGAGGCUCAUGCGAUGCCUUUCAUAAAAUCGUGAAGGCUCGUGGCAAAGAUGUGCUCUACAUUGGUGAUCACAUCUUUGGAGAUGUACUGAGGUCAAAGAAAUCUCGUGGCUGGAGGACAUUUUUGGUGGUUCCAGAGUUGCAUCACGAACUGACAGUUUGGACAGAUCGUCGACCAUUGUUCGAGCAGCUCAAUGAACUUGACAACACCUUGGCAGAUAUCUAUAAAAACCUUGACGCGACAGCGAGAAGAAAGCCUCAAAUCCACACUAUCCUUCAAAAAGUGAAGAGUAUUGCGCACGAAAUGGAUCAGGAAUAUGGUGUUUUGGGAUCACUGUUCCGCGCUGGAUCACGGACCACUUUCUUUGCCUCCCAGGUGGAGAGAUACGCUGAUUUGUAUGCCUCUUCCUGUUACAACUUAGUGCACUAUCCGUCUUUCUACUUUUUCCGCGCUGCCAUGCAACUUUUACCUCAUGAGAGUACUGUUGACCAUGCAUCGGUACUGAACAGUUCCGAUAAGGAUUCAAACGGACGAAGACCAUCCAUUGGACGGCAAGUACGUGGCUGGGCAAAGAGCACGUCAAAUGAGAACGAAUUCUGCCACGAAGAAGAAGAUGAGCAGUCUACCAGUGACGGCGAGGUUUUGUGUAAUUUCGAUUUGUUUUUUCCUCUUUUUUAUCAUAUUUUAAAGGACUCAAGAUAUGAUUUGAAGUAG